AUGCAAGAUAGAUUAUCGAGUGAAGUAAAAGAGGAAGUAAAAAAUGAAGUGAGAGAUAUGAAAGUGGAAAUGAAGAAUGAAAUGAAAGGAAUGAUUGAAAAUGAGAUGAAAGGAAUUAAAGAGGAAAUGAAAAAUGAAAUGAAAGAAAUAGUUAUGAGUGCUGUGCGAGAUGCAAUGGCGGGAAUAAAAGGUUUCGAAGUUGAAAUGCAAAAUUCAAAUCAAAGUUCACAAGCAACAUGUUCCGCAGAUGCGAGAGAAAAUAUCUUUGUAGUUGGAGGACAUCACAAGCAGGAUGGGAGAAGUGUGAAGAAUAAAUCCACUGAGUAUUUCAACUGGGCUGACCAAACCUGGACAUUGCUGGAUUCUGCAGUAUUUGAAGGUCGUUUUCACACUUGUUCUUUCCUGUAUCAAGGUCAAAUGGUAGUCGCUGGAGGCUCGUAUGGCAACAACAAAACAAACACAAUGAAAUGUUUGAAUAUUGCAGAUCCAGUAGCAACGUGGAAAGAUUUCGCUGUCAAUCUUCCUGUCAAGUGCUUUCGUCAUAAAGUAAUCAACCAUAAUGAUCAGCUAUUUAUGUCUGGAGGAUGUGUUGAAUCUACUGACGGGGGGCAGGCUGUACGUUCUGACGCUGUUUAUGAGGUACAGUUGGUUCCACCAUAUUCCAGUAAGAUGUUGACAAGAUUACCACAAGCAAGAUCCAGUCAUGGCAUGGAAAUGUUUGAUCAGAAAUUGUUUAUUCUUGGAGGGUAUGAUGGUAAGAGGAUCACAGCCAGUGUGUUUCAGUAUGAUCUUAACAAGAGUGAAUGUAAAGAAAUGCCUCCAUUGCCAUAUGCUGUGCGUGAAGUUGGAACUGUUAUAUGGCAGAAUAACGUGCUUGUGAUUGGUGGAAAGGAUGCAGGUUAUACUCCUUUGAAUAAAUUUGCAAUGUAUGACGUCAUCACAGGUCGUUCUCAAAUGUUGCCAAGUAUGAAGCAUAAGCGAUAUGGUUGUACAGCAGUCUUAACUGGCAAUAUUGUAGUGGUUAUGGGAGGAAAGAAUGGGAAGGACGAUUGUCUUAAGUCAGUGGAAUGUUUUGAUUUAGAACGUCAAGUUUGGCAAGACUUGCCCGACAUGCUUGAAUCGAGAGCUCAUGCCACUGCAGUAGUCAAACCAAACCAUUGA